AAUAUCGAGGGUAUUUUAUAUGCACCGACCCACAGACAGGAGAGCACAUACCACGGCCUUUGAUAUACCAGUCGUGGUGCACUGGCUGGAACGAGGGGUGUGGGAGCAGUUAUAUUAAUUCGUCUUUUAUCUUUUGAGUGGGGCUAUGUUUAUCGCGGGGCCAGAACCCUCUCCCCGCACCCACAACGUUUAUGACGCCUAUACCCCCUGCCCUGCCAGCUACACACCCACUCAUGUGAUCGACUGUGGAACACCCCUUAGGAAACAAGUGUUUGCUUAAGUUCUUUCAAGCUACAAUUCGUCACCAGUAUUGUUAUCAAACAUCAAACAUUUCAGCACAGCACUGCGACAAUUUCAUGACGUGUCCUGCAUAAAUAAAUGUAUGUUUUAAAUCACCUUUGGCAAAUACACAAUGUGCGGUGAUUGAUCUUGAGUUACACUGGUCACGUGGUCGCUGAUUUCAGUUUACUGGGCAGCACAACAGACGGGAAAUUUACAUUUCGUCGGCGUCGUAGGUACAAUUAGUACACUUGUUAGGUGAGGUGGUCAGUCAUAUUUUCGACAGUUCUUCAAAUAUGACUGGGACUCAGACCACCAAACAGUCAUUUUUGAACGGAUUCCUAGGAUCCAGUGACGGGCUGUCCAAAUCUCUUUCUCCACCACCUAGAGUAAAACCAGAGGGUGAACAAUAUUAUAUUAGGGGUCAAGGCGUCAUAAAAGGAUGGGCGUUCGGACAGCGAAUUGACGACGCAUACACAUCCCCACGUCCCAACGUAAGGUGUCCUUCAGCUGACGCAAAGACAAAUUAUCAGAUGGGCUGGUACGGGAUGAUUUCGCCCAUGCUCAAUGGCACCGCAACUCCCAGGAUAUCGUCUGCCCCGUGUCGUGUGAAGCCCGAGGGAGAGAAAAAUGCUGGCUUAGCGAAAGGUAGACGUAUGAAAAUCAUAGUAAAUGAAUACGCCCAGCGUGGCCCAACUCCCAGAAAUCCUCGCGUCAAACCGGAAGCAGAAGAAACAGCGGAAGUUCACAAAGGAGGGAGAAUGCGAACGUUGAUUCACAAACAAGGUGUCAUUCCGGAAUUAAGCAAGGCUGUUCCGCGAAUAAAACCAGAGGCAGAAGACAUUGCCCACGUGAGUAAAGGUAAAAGGAUGUACAACAUCGUCCACAAAUAUCAGCAGAGCCACGUCUCGCCUCGGCCUGCGCCUAGAGUGAAACCAGAGGCUACAGACGUUGCUGAGGUGAGCAAGGGCAAACGUAUGGCCAGGUUAAUCCACAAGUACGGAAUACUGCCAACGUCUUCCAGACCAGCGCCAAGAGUGAGACCGGAAGCGGAAGACAAUGCUAGUCUCGAUCGCGGAGGACGCAUGUCGAGACUGAUGCACGACAUGCACACGUUGCCAGACACUCCCCGGCCAGUCCCUAGAGUGAGGUCAUCGGAGGCUGCACAAAUAGCUCUUCACCAUCAAGGACAGGUCGGGAAAAUCCUCCGCCAGACUGGAAGAAAGUCGUACAUUUUUGUUCCUGGAGAACAAAAGAAAACUUAUAUGCAAACGAGAACUAUCUAACAUUUGGGUAAUUUGUAUACCAUACUAAAUGCAGGGCCUAUUUGACUUAUUUUGUUAAUUAUGUUUAAUUGGUAUCUCAUAAAUAUAGAUUUACCAAUUUC